AAUUCUCGGAAAAAACGUGUACACGAUUCCAGUCUUCAAGAUGCGCUCCAGACCCGCUUUCAGGAACAGCGAAUUUUUGUUUAUAGCGUAGUCGUUAAACGGAAUGGACGCAUAUUACUGCCCAGGUAAUACAGGAGAUUUGCUGGUUUUCAAAAGGUCAAUCUACAAACACUACGCUGUGAAUAUAGGAGAUGGCGAAAUUGUACACCUAACUUCAGACUUAGACAAUGACUUGACUGGUUUUGUCCGCGGUUUAAGCAUUGAUUGUUGCUCUUCGACUCAGGAAGGAAACGCUGUUGUUAAAAGGGAACCUUAUAUACUGUUUAAAAAGUCAGGAGACAGAGUAACAGUAGAAGAUGACUGGAAAGGUAAAACAGCCCUUCAAAGGUUUGAAAUAGUUCGCCGAGCCUUGUCAAGAGUUGGUCGAAGGGGCUACAACUUGCUGUUCAAGAAUUGUGAGCAUUUCGCUCGCUGGUGCCGCUACGGAGAAGAAACGAGUGACCAAGCCAUAAACUUCGGUAUUGGGCUUGGAGUAGCUGCAGGCGCAGUCCUUUUGGGUUUGGGUUUGGGUGCUUAUUGCUUGUCAAGCGAUUCAGAAGCCGAGAAAAAAAGAAAGCAAAGGAACAGGCGUCAAUAAUGGCCCGAGUGUGAUUGAACCCAAGUCUACUGUGAUGAUUUCUUUCUGUCUCAUGACUAUUAUUAUGGAUAGGUUAGGCAUUGAAAAACGUUUGAACUUUUCAUUUAAUUUUGUAAGUUCGAAAAAAGAAACCAGUGAUGUGUGGCAGCACUGAAACAUAUGAAUUAAAUAUGAAUUUCUGGUGGCAGUCGGUUGUAAUACCAACGACUUAAGCGCCGGGUUUUGUUUUUCAAUCGUGUAAGAGCAAAAAAAAAAAUAAUAAUAAUAAAAUGAUAAAAAAAUAUUAUAAAUAAGGAAACGCUCCUUGUGGUAAAUCACAAAAAAGGAUGCCAUAAUAAAAAAUUGUCGUAUCUGUGA